CUUUUUCAUUAAAUUAAAUACAAGAAAUAAUGAUACUUUAUUGUUUUUAUUAAUAUUUACUACUUUAACAAUACAUCGUAGUAAACAGCAUAACAUGAAAAUUUUUGAAUGAUGGUGCAAAUUAAUUGUUGAAUCAGUGUUGUGAACUGAUUUGCCUCCUAAUUGGCAUUUGAAAUAUAUGCUAUUAAAUAUUUCUGUCAUGACGUUUUUAUAAUCAAGGGUCAUGAUGACACAAGGACUGGUCUGCUGGCCCCUUCUGUAGGAGUUUGGCUGAAUUAAUGGGCAUAUAGUAUAUGGGUCAUUCUCUCGAAAUUAUGCCAUGUGUAUCCCCCUAUUGAUAUAACAGGAUAUUAAACUUAUUUACAUUAAUUUAUGAAUGUAGAAAACAAAAUACAUUUUUCAGUAAUUUAUAAUUAUACAACACGUGAACAUGAGGCACAUUGUUGGGUGUUUAUUUUUAGGCAUCUAGCUGCAACUUUCUGAGACUAGUGGUGUGCAAAGCGGGGCUUCAUGAAACACUGAAACAGUCAAAGCAAAUGUGGCGAGGCUUCAAAACAUGUUCACACGCGUCUCUACGGUCAUUUUCAAGUAUUGCUCUGAAAAAGCAUAGGCAAUGAAUCAGUUGGCCGAAUUGACAAAUUAUAAAGUAUAUGAUAGAAAAGAUUUUUAUUUAAAUAUAUAAAUUCCUCUGCUGCAUUAACUCCACUUUUAUACUUUGCUGGGUUUAAGUUAAGAAAGAUGUGCGACUGUAUGGUUCGUUCCUGACUGUAUGGUCUCGAAACACCCCAAUGUUCUGAAUCACUUUAGUCACGUGACAUGGGUGUUUCGUAUCACACUUCGGAGCAGUGUUUCGAAACAUCUGUGCUUCGGGAUCUCGACACGGUGUUGAAACGUCAUUGUCACGUCAGCCAUCCCUAUCUGAGGCAGCAUCUUUCACACUGUACGAGUUCCUGCAAGAGCAGGGUUUCAUAAACCCAGGUAAGAAACAGUGCUAAAGAUAAGUGCAAAAAAAUUUGCUUCUAAAUUAAAAUAAAACCGUCAAACAUUGCUUUACCUAAGGUUAAAAGCAGGGUUUAUGAUGAUGAUAACCUGUGGUUAAGUGCAGUAAGAAAAGCCCUUAAGACCUAAUGUCCUAAUUCAUUCUAACUUUUAAAAUGAUGGUGUUAAGUAGCGUAAAGGUGUUAAGGAGGUUUGAAAAGAAUGUGUUGAUUUUUAUUGAUCGUUCACAGAGAUGUGGCUCACCUAAGCACCUGUGAUGACGGCUGCAUGGCUCUCGCCGAACUGCUGGGCUGGAAAGAAGACUUGGAACAGAUGGUGAAGCGUGAACAUGCUUUAAUUGACGGCAAAGAUGCCAAAAAGAAAGACAAGGAAGCCAAUCAGAACUCCAAAAGCACUGGGCGGAGGCUGCAAAGAGUGACAAGACAGAACAUGAAGAGGGUUUACAUGGCAGCCCUAAUAGAUCUAUAGAAUUUAACUCCAUUUCUCAAAGCCAGGGGCCAGAGUGAAUCUCACUGUAGGUAACAUGACAAAGUACAGGACAUAUCUGUAAUGAGGAGUGUCAAUUACCCCACACAUAAAACUGCAGUGCAUGGAGGCAUUUGGAGCAGCUUUGAGAGAUGUUUUUUCCUUAUCUAGGAGGACAUUUUGAAGACGCCUCAUGGUUACAGCAACAUAGUUAAAAUGGAGGAGAUAAUAACCGAACAGAUUCCCUGAACAGGUCUGCUAUUCUGUUGGACCAACGAUGAUGAAAGAUGAAUUCACAACCAGUGAGAGCAGAGAAAAUCCUGCUAGCACAGUACCCAAUGGGGUCUCCAGGAAUGAAAAACAAAUCCUGACUCUGCUGCAAGGUUUACGGUUAAGUCAGGAUGCCUGGGCUCCCAAGAGCCCCUGGGACAGACAUGGGGCACAUGCCGCUCUGUGGGGCAGACCUGCUGGGAGUUUCUUGGUGGUCCAAGACUCUUCAUCUCAAGACCAACUUCUGUGUGUGUCUGUAGGGGACAGAGGGGAGCCGGUCAAAGAAUACCCCAUCUUAACCACUGGAGCAGCUCUUCACCUGAAUGCAUCUCAUCUGGCUUUCCCUGAUCUCUGUCAACUCCUGCACUUCUACACACUGAGCAGGGAUGUUUUGCCUGUCUGUUUAUUGGUUCCCUCAUGGGUUUACACCCUUAACAAUCUAUCAGCUCAUCAUGUUCCUCUGCUUGGUCCAAAGACCUGGCUGUGUCCCUCUUCAGAUCCACUGAUUACCAGUACGACUCCAGAAACACAAGGCAUAACAGAAAAGCCAAAAACAGUCAUGUGCACUAUACAGGUUACAGCUGCCAGUGGUGCCAUGUGCUUUAUCAAUCCUUUGUACCUUCAAGAGCACGGCGAUGAUUGGCUUGCUCAUCCUUCAGCCAGCCAAUUAAAUCUGCCAAUCAGGUUGAGGCGAAAAAGUACCAGGAGAGCAUGGGUAGGGAGAGGACUGAAACAGAAGUCAUCUACACUAGCUGAAGACAACUCUAGCAGUUUUGACAAUGACAGAGGAUCAUUUGAGAAGAAUCCAGAGGCCCCAGCUACCCCAGGUGGAGUUGUGCUUCGAAGGCUGAGUGGAACCAGCAAGGAGGACCCCAUAAAAAGAUCAAGUGUCGACUCCAUUAAAUGCCCUCUCCCUCAGUCACCACAUCGUGUGUCGUGGCUAGAGGACAAUAAGAUAUGGCUGAACUCAUCACUUACUUCCUCUCUGCUUCAACCACCCGGCUUAGAGCUGGACUCCCUGUCAGUCAGCAGUAUAGAGGAGGAGACUGAACAAGAGUUAAGCCCCUCCCCAUCCCCCCGGCUCCACUUGGCAGAUAAGAUGAUGAACCGUCUCUCUGCAGUGGGUCAGGCUCUAGGUGGACUUAUGUCGCCACAGCGAAGACUGAGUAAACGUGUUCAGGAGAUGGCGGAACGGAAGGGAGGGGCUUUUGCAGAGGCUGUCAGGGGAUUUGUAGAGCAAACUCUUGCAUGUGGGGCUGGUCCUGGAGUGACCUGCACCGAGAUGCUGCAGGAAGUGCGCUCAUCCCUCACUGCUCUGAAGGAAACCCUGUUUGAUUCUCCAGAGAUACAAAGCAUCACAGACAGCAUUGGAGACACUCCAGAUUUUGAGCUGGAUGCUGUGCUGGAGCUUGCCAUUCAUAAAGUAGCUCUGAAGCCAGUUUACUCUCACCUUUACGUGUGUCUAAAGACAGCUCGUAGGGAUGAUGGCACUCUUCAGCGUUUAGAGGCCAACAAGAGCACCCUGGAGAACCGCAGCCUGGAGGAGCUGGAGGGUGCAUCAGGGGCCGGGGUGCCUGAUUCCAGCAUGAUGGAUAAGAUCCAGCAACGCUGGACCACAAUGCAUGAGGCCUAUUCACCCAGUAAAAAAGUUGACACCCUGCUCAAAGUCUGCAAGAAUAUCUACCAUAGUAUGAAUGCUAAUGCCAAGCCAGGUACAGUUUUCGGGGCAGAUGACUUCCUGCCAUGCCUGACAUGGGUAUUGCUGCGUAGUGAUGUAGCUACACUUCAGGUUGACACUGACUACAUGAUGGAGCUGCUAGACCCCAUGCUACUACAAGGAGAGGGUGGGUAUUACCUUACAUCUCUCUACGCUGCCCUUUUUUACAUUACCAGCUUCCGACCUCGUCUAGCGAAGCGGCAACUUAGUGCAGAAGCACAGAGAUCUCUCAGCCAAUGGCACCGCAGACGCACACUGCACUGCAACCAAUCUCGGCGCAGCAGAAAUCGUAGGACCAUCCGCAGACAUGGGCCGUCUGAUGAAAGCUGUAAAACAGCCGAAGAACAGAACUCUUUGAAUGCGAGCACAGAGUCCAGCAGUCUGACUGACGGCAUGCCAACCACCUCUUACGUGCACGAACCACUCCAGGGCUUAGAUGAAGAAUUAGAGGACCCAAAGGAAGAAGAGGAGGGACAACAAAUACUGUCACCAGAGCCUUUGCACAUCACCACUCCUAAAAUGGAGGGAAAAGAAAGAGCUGAUGGAGUAAGCUGGACAGAAGAUAACUAAAAACCACAUGAUUCUAAAGGAAUGAGCAAAUGGUAUGAAAGAACUAAGCUUUGAACUUAAUAGAGAUGCUUGUGAAGGCAAAGUGUGUUACUCAAAUGACGACUCAGAUCAUACAACUUAAUGAAAAGAAUACAUGCUAUUAUUUCUCUGAGCAAACAGAUUUCAGAUUUUUGCUUGUUAGAUGAUAAAAUGAUUGAAAAUACACACACACACACACACACACACACACAUAUAUAUAUAUAUAUAUAUAUAUAUAUAUAUAUAUAUAUAUAUACUGAACAAAGUUAUAAAAUGCAAUACUUUUGUUUUUGCCUCCAUUUUUCAUGAGCUGAAGACUUUUUCUAUGGACACAAAAAGCCUAUUUCUCUCAAAUAUUGUUCACAAAUCUGUCUAAAUCUGUGCUAGUGAGCACUUCUCCUUUGCUGAGAAAAUCCAUCCACCUCACAGGUGUGGCAUAUAAAGAUGCUGAUUAGACGGCAUGAUUAUUGCACAAUAAAAGGCCACACUAAAAUGUGCAGUUUUAUCACACAGCACAAUGCCACAGAUAUUGCAAGUUUUGAGGGAGCCUGAAGUUGGCAUGCUGACUACAGGAAUGUCCACCGAGCUGUUGCCUGUGAACUGAAUGUUCAUUUCUCUACAAUAAGCCAUCUCCAAAGGUGUUUCAGUUAAUUUGGCAGUAAUUCCAAGCGGCCUGCAGACAAUGCAGACCUCACGUACAAGACCAUCCAGCCACCUGCAUAACAAAAAAAUUUCUGCACAAACUAUCAAAACCAUCUCAGUUCAAGCUGAAAAUAUCACAGUUCUUUCAUGGCCAGCACUAACCGGACAUGUCACCCAUUGAGCAUGUCUGGGGUGCUCUGGAUUGGCAUGCUGUUUUAGAUUUUUGGAGAGGUGCUGUUCCGAAAGCCCCCCUGCUGGCAGAGAAUGCAUGUGCAUUUUCAAUAAGCCUGUUUUAUAGGGUGUUCCUGCAAUACUGGAGGACCUUAUUGUGUAUUAUUAUUAGUAGUAGUUGUUGUAGUAGUGACAUGUCCGGUGAGUGCUGUAUAUAGCAUAUGAAGUACAAAAUAGUGAGUUUAUAGUACAUAAAUAUAUUUUAAAUAAUACUAGAUUACAACAUCCAGCAGCACAAUGGACUGUUUUGCACAGUUACAUAGGCUAAAUGGAGAUUGCUGACAUCGCCUCACAUAGUAAAGUUCAAGCCAGCCCUUACAUUAAAAAUAAGAUAUAGAAAAAUUAUAAAUGUACAGUUUCCAUGGAUCUUGUCUUUGCAUCUGUUUGUUUCAUGUUUGAAACAGGUAUCGUCUGUUGCAAUAGAAUUGGCUAGAUGGCGCUGUCACACACACACAAAAAAAAUAAAUAAAUGAAAAAAAAAAAAAAAAAAAAAAAAAA